AUGGACAAACAUCACACUGAGGCUCGCUCAACUUCCUCGUUAACCAGGCUUAUUCAAGGCAAUUCUGGCUUGAGGUCGGCGUCGGCGUCUCCCACGACUUCUCCAAAUCCAGAGAUCUCAUCAUCAGUGUCUUCUUCUUCAUCCUCAACCUCUUCGCCUAGAAAUAUACAGAACUCUGCCGCUUCCAACUCUAAUAACUCCUCACAAACAAAGAUUAAAUCUAAUUUGAAUUUUAGCUACACUGUGAAAGACGUGGAGAAAUCGGAACUCUCUUCGGCUUUGAAGAAUCCUGACAACUUCCCGAAAGCAAACGAUGGAGAAAGCCUCUAUUUCUCACCCCAAUAUGGCCAGCAGAUUGAUGAUGAGGAUUAUGACCCACUAGAAGUGUCAUUAUCACAGGACACUCAUCAUGCUCCGAUCAACUCGCCACUCAAACAAAAGGACCAUAUUGAUGGAAAAAACCCGUUUGAUGACAACGAUCGCAAGCCAAACACUGAUAAUGAAGUUUCUCUUAUGAAUGGUCUUUCGAUUUCCAAGGAAGGAAAAUCAGUUCCAAUGACAAGUAAUGAAUCUAGCUCUUUUACUGACAGCAGCGUGAGCACCAUCACUUACAUUCCUUACAAUGGACGGGUUGUGAAAAAGAAUAGUGUUAGUGAUGCUCCUAUAGACUUUAGAAGAGGCUCUAACGCCUCUGACUUCAACUGCGUAUCUUACUCUCCAUUUUCAUCGUCUAUUCCUUAUUCUGCUCCAUACAGUGGCUCGAAAAGUCAACUGAUCACUAGUCCGACUCAGACUACUUACGAAUCCCAAGGGUUCAGUUUUCCGGCAAAUGGGAACAUCAUUGAUAGCAACCAUAUUCUAUCGCCAAAGGUGAAUGAUUUAAAUAAUAUUGAGAUCGAUCAACGAUUCAUCGUGACAAAGUCAAAAAUCAAUUACAUUCAUAAUUCCCCAUCUUAUCAUAAUGGUGAUAGCAAAUCAUCAUCCAAUGGGUCGAUUUCUAGAAAUUCCUCUAUGGCAUCAUUAAGCAAUUUUUUCAAACAAUCAAGAAAGAAUUCUUCUUCCUUAACUAACAUGAAUAAUGGGGGAUCAUACAGUUAUACUGCGGGCGCCAGUUGUACAGUGACCAGUGCUAACGGAAAUUUCAACAAUAGCUCUCCGUCAGAGCUUUUCAACAGCGAUCAGCCACUUCCCCAACCCCAAAGUGAUGGGUGUGCCUCAUAUGAUCCACCUAGAUCUCUAAAGAGUAGAUCUUCAAAGCAUGAUUUAAAGAAGUUUUUCUCUAGACGUAAACCGGGAUCCAACUCAGAUGCUAUUAGUAUUGGGACCAAGACCAAUAAUUCUAAUAGCCCAAAUUUCAAUAGCAACGGAAACAGUUAUGGAAGUGGUAGCCACAGUUAUAAUUCCCCUGUUUCUCCUUCGAUUAAUAUUCCAAAUAGCAAAGGUUCGGCCAGUAACUUGUAUACCAAUCAAUCAUCAUCGUUGAACAAUAACAGUGUUCCUCAUCAUGAACAACAGGUCUUGCCAUUCAGCAAAAGGUAUAAUAAAAUGAGUGAGAGUUUGGGUGCUGGGGCUGGUGGCUCUGUCAGAAUUGUCAAGAGAGUCUAUGAUAAGAAAAUUUUUGCUGUUAAAGAUUUCCGUGCAAGAUUUGCCAACGAAAGCAAAAAAGAUUAUACCAAAAAAAUCACUAGUGAAUAUUGUAUUGGAUCAACUUUAAAAAAUACCAAUAUCAUUGAAACAAUUGAAAUUUGCUACGAAAACGAUAAAAUCUACCAGGUUAUGGAAUAUUGUGAGUUUGAUUUGUUUGCUAUCGUUAUGAGUGGUAAAAUGACAUCGCACGAAGUUGAUUGUUGUUUCAAACAAAUCUUAAAAGGUGUUAGAUAUUUACACUCCAUGGGUUUGGCGCAUAGAGAUUUGAAGUUGGAUAAUUGCUGUAUCACCGAAAAAGGGAUCGUGAAAAUUAUUGAUUUUGGGUCCUCAGUGGUGUUUACCUAUCCUUUCAGCAACAAGAUCCUUGAAGCAGGAGGUAUUGUUGGGUCUGAUCCAUAUUUGGCCCCAGAAGUGGUAGUGUUCCAAAAAUAUGACCCUAGACCAGUGGAUAUUUGGUCUGCCGCUAUCAUCUAUUCGUGUAUGACCUUGAGAAAGUUCCCUUGGAAAGUACCAAAACUAUCUGAUCAAAGUUUCAAAUUAUUUGCCACAAGAGGUGAUGGGACCGAAAGCUUGAAUUCAAUGUUGAAAAAAGUAAGAGAACCUGUUUCUACCAAUGGUUCUGCUUUAACAGAUGGAAAAACUGAUGCUUCCUCUUCCAAAAAUGAUGGAAAUGCUGAAGGUUCAGUAACUGAUGAUUCAAAGAAGGACACCCCGUUGACCACACCGGAAUCAUCAAGUUCCAACGCAGCUCCAGAUUAUGAUAAACCACUACCAUCACCAAGAAAAUCCACUUCUAGUCCAACUAAAAAUCAUCCGCCAGUGGAUAAGGAUCAAGGAGCCAACCCUGACGCCUUGAAAUCCAAAUCUACCUCGGGUGAAGCCAGGUUAUUGAAAGCUUUGCCAAAUUAUUCGAGACCAUUGAUUAGCAAGAUGGUUCGGUUAGCUCCAGCAUGUCGUUGUACUAUUGAAGAAAUCUUUGAAGAUGAAUGGUUGGAAAGUAUUGAUGAGUGUUAUGAAGAUGAUGUUGAAGUUGCUGCUACUGGCGAGAAAAAAUUAUACGAGGGUGCCAACCAUACUCAUACUAAGGUAGACCAAUCAGAAGCUCACAUUGCCUACUUGGAAAAGAAGAGAGUUAGAAAAUGA